CCGCUCUCAGAAGUGGAAAGGCUAAGUGCUUCAGUAGUCCGGAUACUGGGGGAAAUCCAGGGAAGUUCACUCUGCAAGGUGAGUGGCUUACACAAGAGUCCUAAAACGAAUCAGGCGCCUCAUGCUGGAUAUCAUAGGGACGAAUACAUAUCUAAUCGGACGGGGCCAACAGCGGAUACUCAUCGACACCGGCGAGGGCAAACCGUCGUGGGCAAAUCAUCUUAAAGGUGUGCUAGCAAGGGAGAAUGCGACAGUCCACAAAGCACUCCUGACACACUGGCACCACGAUCAUGUCAAUGGGGUUCCCGAUCUUCUCAAGAUUUGUCCGCAAGCGACGGUUUACAAGCACCAACCAGAUGAAGGUCAGCUUGAUAUUGAAGAUGGCCAAGUCUUCAGCGUUGAAGGCGCUACAUUGAAGGCGUACCAUACUCCAGGGCAUACCGUGGACCAUAUGAUGUUCGUUCUUGAAGAGGAGGACGCCAUUAUCACUGGUGAUAACGUGCUGGGUCAUGGGACAGCAGUAUUUGAAGAUCUCCCAGUGUAUCUGUCCAGCCUGCAGAGAAUGCAGAAUCGGGUCUCAGGCCGCGGAUAUCCAGGCCACGGUGCAGUGAUAGAGAAUGCAACUACGAAGAUCACCGAGUACAUCAACCAUCGGCAGCAGCGUGAGGAAGAAGUAAUUCGGGUAUUGCGGUAUGGAAAACUUGACGUCCGGGAUAAUGAACCUUCUCCAGAACGCAAGGCUUCAUGGACCCCCCUCGAACUAGUCAAGGUUAUCUAUCGGAAUGUUCCCGAAAGUCUUCACUUGCCUGCUUCACAUGGUGUCUUGCUGGUGCUGAUGAAAUUGGAGGCCGAGGGAAAGGUGGCCCAUAACACAGAGACGGGGAAAUGGAGCAUAGACAAUGGAAAGUCUGCAUUGUGAAUCACACACUACUGCCUGGCAGCGGAUGCUUGAUUUCAAAUCCGUCUCAUAACCUUCCUGUAUGCGCGAUUAUUAUCGUGAGAUAUAUGUAUGUAAUAUGGUAUCUAGUAGUAGCUUAAGGUGACAGACAAUGCUCUAACCAGUGA